AUGAAGGAAGUGGGAAUGGAAGGCCGAGUCCAUCAAGUAUACCUGCUGGCAUUAAUACGUUGUGGGGAUGAAAGGGAGGCUGGUCGUCAGUUAUGGAAACCUUGCGAGAUACAUGAUUCGGAUCUCUCCAGGGAUGCGUUGGGUUGGACCCCGCGUUGGAAAGUUGGCGGGUCUUAG